AUAAACAAACAGUUUUGAAUUUCGGUCGCGUUCCGUCGGUUCGGGGCUCGGAGUCGCGCAGAGUGAAGCUGUGUUUUUCGUUAAUUAUUCGGGAAAUUCGUGUUCGAAUCGGAUCAAAUUCGAGUGAUAAUUGUGUGUCGUUUGAUGGUGGGGUUAUUUGAGUGCAUCUGGGGUCAAGCCAAAGUCCAAUCGUGUGGCGAUAAUCGCAAGUGAAAUAAAAUAAGGCUUUGCUGGCAGGGAAGUGCAAAAAUCUAAACGUGUUUUGUUGUGGUGGGACGGGAGAGGGUAGCAAGCAGCGAUUCUCGGAGCAGUGAAAAGGAAGGGAAAAAAUUAAAGCGAAAGGAGAUAACAACAACAGCAGCAAAACACAAACAAGUUCGACUCUCGUGUGUUGAACUCCUGGCUCGAAACUUUGCAGAUGCUGCCGUUGCAUAACAUGAGCUAACGCUAGCCGAAAAUGGUCCCAGGCGUGGGCGGAGUGUCACGAGCGCGGUUAUUCAUCUUACUUCUGGUUGGCCUAUCGGAAGUGGUAACUCGCGCUCUAGGCGACCCCGCUCCAGCAGCAGCAUCAUCGGCAGAUGUUCUCGUUGUUGACGAUCAGCAACAGCUGCAGCUGCUACAACUACAGGAUGAAGGAUCCUCCUUCGCUAAGGCCAAACGUUACAGCUUCCAGUUUGCGCACGCGAUCUACAAUGUCUCGAUACCGGAGAAUAGCGUGGGAAAGACGUAUGCCGUGCAGCCUCCGAAUGAGGAUCGAAUGGGAAUUUACGUGACACCGGAGAUGGACGUCAAGUACAAGAUCGUAAAUGGCGAUAAAGAUAAAUUCUUCAAGGCUGAGGAACGACUGGUGGGAGAUUUCGCCUUCUUGGCGAUCCGAUUACGCACAAGCAAUGUGGUGCUGAACCGAGAGAAAGGAGACAGCUACCGGUUGGAGGUCAAAGCUACUGCCACCAAGCGGGAAGGGAAGAAUCGGAUACCACUCGAAGCAGAUACAAUCAUCGAUGUUAAAGUGUUGGACACAAACGAUCUCAGUCCGCUGUUCUAUCCUACCGAGUAUUCCGUGACAAUCCCCGAAGACACUCCACUGCAUAAAAGCAUUCUCCGGGUAAUAGCCGAAGACGCUGACCUUGGACUCAACGGUGAGAUCUACUACAGCAUUUUGGAUGAAACGGAACAAUUCGCCGUGCAUCCAACAACGGGAGUGAUCACGCUGACGAGGCCACUCAAAUUCACCGAACGGUCACUCCACGAGCUAACAGUGACGGCAAAUGACCGAGGAAUUGGUUCCACAAGCCGAAGCCAGACCAGCAAGGCUCGAGUUAAAAUUAAAAUUCUACAGGUCAAUUUAUUUGCCCCGGAUAUCUACGUGCAGGCGCUGCCGGAUAUUUUGGAAAACUCGAAUACCAACAUUUUCGGCAUCGUCCGGGUCGAAGACAAGGACAAGGGAGUGCACGGGCAAAUCAAAAGCCUGGACAUAGUCGACGGCGAUCCGGAUGGGCAUUUCCGCAUCAAACCGACCGCGCGGCCCGGCGAAUUUGUGAUUGAGGUGCACCGGCUGCUGGACCGUGAAACUGCCCCGGCCGGGUAUAAUUUAACACUGCGAGCCGUGGACCGGGGAGUUCCGCCGCGGCAAAGUUACAAAGUGAUUCCGGUCCACUUGGCCGAUAUCAACGAUAAUGCACCGGUUUUCAACCGGGAGAUUUAUGAGGUUUCGGUGCCGGAAACUUCACCACCGAACACACCUGUGAUAAGACUGAAAGUGACGGAUCGGGAUGAGGGAAAGAAUGCCCAGGUUUUCCUGGAAAUUGUGGGCGGAAACGAGGGGGGAGAAUUUCGGGUGAAUCCGGAAACCGGGAUGCUUUAUACGGCCGUCCCACUGGAUGCGGAGCAGAAAGCUUUUUAUACUUUGACGGUAUCGGCAAUCGACCAGGGAAAUACGGGCACGCGAAAACAAUCCUCGGCAAAGGUGAAGAUCAACGUGCAGGAUACGAACGAUAACGAUCCGAUAUUCGAAACGAACAAUAUGACGAUUUGGGUGGACGAAAACGAACCCGCGGGAACAACGGUAACGAAAGUGACGGCCCGGGAUAAAGAUUUCGGAGAGAAUGCGUACAUAUCUUAUAGUAUAGCGAAUUUGAACGAUGUCCCGUUCGAUAUUGACCAUUUUUCUGGUGUAGUGAGAACUUCCAAGCUGUUGGAUUACGAAAGUAUGCGAAGAGAAUAUAUUCUGCGAGUGCGGGCUUCUGAUUGGGGACUACCCUACCGAAGGCAAACGGAGAUGCAACUUAUCAUAAAACUGCGAGACGUUAACGACAAUCGACCUCAGUUCGAACGAAUCGACUGCAUAGGACGAAUUCCGAGGUACACACCGAUCGGUACCGAAAUUUUUACGCUUUCAGCACUGGAUUUCGAUUACGGCAGUGUGAUAACGUACCGUAUAGUUUCCGGAAAUGAAGACACCUGUUUCAAUUUGGAUCCAGGCACUGGUGUAAUAUCGAUUGUCUGUGAUUUGAACGAUAUCGGUGUUGAGCUGCGAGAAAUCAACGUAACAGCUACUGACGGUACCCACUUCGCCGAUACGGCACGAAUCCAAAUCAACUUAGUACGAAACAAACGAAACUUGGGUAGCAAUCUCAAAGCCGAAGAUGGAGCCACCUUCGAGUGUAGGGAAACAGGUGUCCGUCAAAGGCUAGUAGACAUUCAAGCUUCGGCUGAACGGAACAACAUGCCUGGCCGAGAUGUGUCCAAUGGAGACGAUUUCGCCAUGAUGCCUAGUCGCUAUGGCGAAAACGUACACGCCCCCGAGUUCGUGGAUCUUCCUCUAGAAGUAAAAAUAAACGAAUCAAUCCCUCUUGGAACCACUUUAACCUGGAUCAAAGCACGAGAUCGGGAUUUAGGUUACAACGGUAAACUCGUUUUCGGCAUUUCCGGCGGAGACGAUGAUUCCGUAUUCCGCCUGGACCCAGACAACGGAGAGCUCAAAAUCAUCGGCUAUCUGGAUCGUGAGCGACGGGACGAAUACCUCCUCAACAUAACCGUGUACGAUUUGGGAAAACCACAGAAAACAAUCUCGAAAGUGCUUCCAAUAACCAUCCUCGACGAAAACGACAACUUCCCUCGGUUCGAAAAAUCACUCGCCAGUUUUCGAGUGACGGAAAACGCGCUCAACAACACCAUCAUCUUCCGGCUCAACGCCACCGAUGCCGAUCUGGGCAACAAUGCCAAAAUCACCUACAGCAUGGUAACGGACACGAAAGACUUUCGAGUGGAUCCGGAAACGGGAGUGCUUUCCGUAAUCGCACCACUUGAUCGGGAACGUCAAGAGAUCUACGAGCUUCGAAUCCGAGCAACAGACGGAGGUGGAGAUGCAAACACUCCUUCACUCUACUCGGAAGCUCUAGUCCGAGUAACCGUCGACGACAUCAAUGACAAUGCUCCGGAAUUCAGCGUCCAAGACCUAACAGUACGCAUAAGAGAAGACGUCCCAAAAGGAACCGUCGUAACCGUUGUAUCAGCAAUUGAUCUGGACAGCGGGUCAAGCAGCGAAGUGCAGUACAGUUUCGGUGAAAACGGGGACGGGGAAGGGUCUUUCAAGAUCGACAAACAAUCCGGCACAAUUCGGACGGCCAAGGCGCUAGAUUUCGAGGAACGCCAGGUGCACAGUUUAAUCGUGAAGGCUAUCGAUCGGGGAAUGCCAUCGUUGUCGUCGGAAACCUCGGUGAUCGUGGAUGUGAUCGAUGUGAACGAAAAUCGGUACCCGCCGCAGUUCGAUGAUUUUGUGCUAGGCGGGUCAAUAACGGAAAAUAAGCCGCCGGGGGCACACGUGAUGCAAGUGGUAGCCAAGGAUUUCGAUCCGCCGGGGCCGGAUUCCCGGGUCAGCUAUUCGAUCAAGGGUGGAGACGGAUUGGGCAUCUUCGCGAUCGACAAUGAAGGUGUUAUCCGGACGUUGGCAUCGUUGGAUUUGGAAUCGAAGCCCAACUAUUGGCUCACCGUUUGUGCCCAGGAUCAGGCGGUCGUUCCGUUGCAUUCGUGUGUUCAGGUCUUCAUCGAGGUGCAGAACGAAAACGACAACGUUCCACUGACGGAGGAAGCCGUCUACUAUCCGUCGGUCCCGGAAAGCAGUCCCAGUGGCGUCAAGGUGCUGCAGUUGAUUGCCGAGGAUCGCGAUAUCGAUCCGCUGCAGCAGAUAUCCUACCGUAUCACUUCCGGCAAUCCGGAAGGAUACUUUGCCAUCAACAGCAGCAGCGGUUUGAUUACCACCACGGCAAGAAAACUGGAUCGUGAAAAUCAAUCGGAGCACAUCCUUGAGGUCCUGGUGAUGGAUAAUGGAGCCCCCCAGCUUUCGUCGACGACCCGAGUUGUGGUGCAGGUGGACGAUGUGAAUGACCACGCCCCCGAAUUCGACCAGAAGCUGUACAAGGUUCAGAUUCCGGCCAAUGCAAAAUACGACCAGGCCCUCUUCCAGAACGAUUAUGCAAGUGGUGCUGGAGGUGGAGGAGCCGAGGGAGGAGUCUUCGGGAUCGGCGAGUUGGGCGGCAUGCCGGGUUACGAGCUACCGAUGAUGCCAGAUGGUGGUCCCCCGAACCUGGACCUGGACCUCGGGGCCAUGAUGCAAGCCUCCGAUCCGGACCUGGGCCUGGAGGCGGCAACCUGGGAGACCUACCCGGACAAAGAUUUCCGCGGGCUGCAAGUGAUUCUCCGGGUCUUGGCCACAGAUCAGGACAUUGGUGAAAACGGUCGUGUUACUUAUUCCAUAAAAUCGGGCCGCGGGAAAGCGAAGAAGUUCCGCAUCGAUCCGGAUACCGGUGUAAUCUAUGCCGCCAAAACCUUCGAGGUGGAUUCCGAAUACGAUUUGCUGGUCAAAGCUGAAGACAACGGAGUCCCCAAACGUUCCCAGCAGGCUCGAGUAAGCAUUGCCGUCGUGGACGUUCCGGCCAAAUCGGAAAAUCCUCCGGUCCUGAAGACGAUCGAUCAGCACGUGGAGGUAACCGAAAACGACACUCCUGGCUUCCUGGUAGCCCUCAUACAAGCCAUCGAUUACGACGGAGAGCAACUGUGGUACGACAUAAUUGGAGGAGACGACCGGAAUGAAUUUUACAUCGGGCGAGACAAUGGCAAUGUUCUGCUGGCAAAAUAUUUGGACUGGGAAGUGCAGAAAGAGUACAACCUGACGAUAAGUAUCUCGGAUGGGGUACACGUUGUUUACACGCAGCUGUACGUUUCGGUAAUUGAUAUAAACGAUCACAGACCGGAGUUCACGGAAUCGCUGUAUCGGGUCGAUAUAUCCGAGAACAUUGAAGAGGGCACUGAGGUGCUGCAAUUGCACGCGACCGAUGCUGAUGAAGAUAAGAAGCUCUUUUACACGCUUCAUGCGGCACGUGACCCCGUUUCCCUCAAGCUGUUCCGGGUGGAUUCCGUUACCGGAAGCAUCAUAACCGCGCAAAAGCUGGAUAGAGAAGCGCUCGAGGAGCACGUACUCAUUGUUAUAGUGAAGGAUCAGGGUACUCCUGCUAAGCGGAACUACGCCAAAGUCAUCAUCACCGUACACGACCAUAACGACCAUGCUCCGGAAUUUACAAGCAAAAUCGUUCAAGGAAAGGUCUACGAAACGGCCACCAUCGGCACCAGGGUCGUGCAAGUUUACGCAAUUGAUCGGGACCUCGGGGAGAAUGCCAAAAUUACCUACACCAUCGUUAGUGGCAACAUUGGGAACGUGUUCAACAUAGACUCAACCAUGGGAGUGAUAAGUGUCGCUAAAGAUCUUGACAUAAGUGCUCUCUCCGAGUACAUGUUGCAAGUGAAAGCCACUGAUGGUGGAAAACCUUCCCUUUCGUCGCAAAUUCCGGUGCACGUAAUGAUAAGUAUGGCAGAUAACGCCCCGCCUAGAUUCAUUUCCGUUGACCCAGCAGCCGAAAUCUACGAAAACCUUCCAAUUGGAACGUUCGUAAUUCACAUCGAAGCCCGCAGCACUUCAUCGGUUCAGUUCGAAAUCAUCAACGGCAACAUCAACGACAUGUUCUUCAUCAACCCAUCGACUGGAAUCAUAACCACGAAAGACAUUCUCGAUUACGAAAACAACAAAUUCUACAACCUAACUAUCCGUGCUACCAACAUGGCUUCAGCUUCGUCCAUCUGCGUCGUCAUUAUCAACGUGCUGGAUCGGAACGAUAACAUUCCCUACUUCGAGCAGGAGAUCUUCAAGGGCGAAGUCUCCGAAGCCGCUCCCAUUGGCUCCCUAGUACUCACCCUAAACGAACACCCUCAAAGCAAUCUUUCACAAAUCCUGGUCAACAGUUCGCUUCCGCUCGUCAUCAAAGCCAAGGAUGCCGAUUCGGGACUGAACUCGUUGCUACACUACGACAUCCUGGAGAUGCUUCCGCGUCGGUUCUUCCACAUCGAUUCCAGCACCGGAGCCAUCAAAACCAUCAGCCAUCUGGAUCACGAAAAGAUGCCUUUCUUUAGCUUCCACGUCAAGGUCACUGAUUUAGGAAAACCUCGCCUCACAUCGGAAACGACAGCUGAAGUUCGUAUUGCCGUCACCGAUGUCAACGAUUGUGCUCCAGUGUUCACCCAGAAGGAGUACAAUGUUACCUUGCUGCUUCCAACCUACGAAAACGUAGCCGUAAUACAGGUUAACGCAACCGACGAGGAUAGUUCGGAAAAUUCUACGCUUCGGUAUGAUAUUAUCGAAGGUAAUCGGGAUGGAGUGUUUAUGAUCGAUGCUGGUACUGGAGUUAUUACUACGAGAGAUGUCGAGAGUAUCGGAUCGUUCUAUAAGCUUGGGGUUCGGGUUUCUGAUGGUAAAUUUUCCAAGGUGGCUUACGUAAAUAUCAAUGUCGAGACCUCCGAGAACUCUGGUUUGAUAUUCCAAAAGACAACCUACGAGGGAUCGAUCAUGGAAAACAGUACCAAGAUUACAACUGUGACCGUUGUUAAUGUUCUCGGUUCCAAUCUCAAUGAACAUAUCGAGUUUUCUAUUCUUAAUCCAACGGAUAUGUUCAAAAUUGGUCUAACUUCGGGAGCUAUUCAAACAACUGGAAAAAUCUUCGACCGUGAGGUUCGUGAUAACUAUGAGCUGAUCGUGGAGGCUCGCUCUCAUCUACCAGACAGGGAAAAGCCAAGGGUAGCUCAUGUUAUAGUGAACGUCACCAUUUUGGACAUCAACGACAACUGUCCGAUGUUUGUGAACUUGCCCUACUACGCUGUGGUAUCGGUAGACGAUCCAAGAGGCUCGGUGAUCACCAAGGUUCAUGCCCUGGAUUUGGAUAGCUUCGAAAACGGCGAAGUCCGCUACGAGAUGAAACGUGGCCACGGGGAGCUGUUCAAGGUGGAUCGAAGGACCGGUGAAGUGACCCUGAAGCAGACCCUGGAGGGUCACAACCGGGACUACGAGCUGCUGAUUUCUGCCUACGAUGGAGGAAUCACACCGUGCUCUACCGAUGUGACCGUUCAUGUCAAGGUGAUUGACAAAUCUAUGCCGGUGUUCAGCAAACAGUUUUACUCGGACACGGUGCCGGAAAACAUCGAGCUUCACUCGCCGCUCUCGGUGGCGAUCCAGGCAGAAAGCCCACUGGGCCGGAAGCUGAUCUACAGCAUCGUCAAAGGGAACGAGCUGGAGGAGUUUGCCGUCGAUUUCAACACAGCCCCGGACAGUACCAACGGUCCAUGUGCGAUCUACGUGGUGGACGAGCUGGACUACGAGCAACGGCAGAGCUAUGAACUAUUAAUUAGAGCCACGGACAGCGUUUCCGGUGUGUCGGCGGAAGUCCCGGUAUCGGUGCUGGUCCAGGACGUGAACGACUGCCCGCCGGAGAUCGAGCAGGACAGCUACAACAUUACGGUAUCGGAACGGGCCCAGUUCGGGACGGCCAUUUUGCGGGUGCUAGCCAAGGAUAAUGACACCGGCAUCAAUCAGAACAUCACCUACGCGCUGCAGACGGAUUCCAAAAACACCUCUGAGUACUUCCAUAUGGAUCCCAGCGAAGGGGUAAUCUAUUUGAAGAAGUCUCUGGACCACGAAACUCUGAGCCACCAUCACUUUACGGUGAUUGCCAGUGACAAAGGUGUCCCCAGCUUGAGUUCAACGGCCCACGUUUGGGUCUCGGUGAUGGACAUGAACGACAAUCCGCCAAAGUUCGAGCAGCCGUCCUACUCGUGUGUCCUUUCCGAACACGCCACCCGGGGUCAGUUUGUAACGGUUGUUUCUGCCUCGGAUCCGGAUUACAUUGACCACGACCGGCUGAUUUACACCAUCUCCCAGGGCAAUGAUUUGCAAACCUAUGACAUCAAUCCGGUCAGCGGAAUCAUCACCCUGGUCAACAUGCAGAACUUUGCCGAAAAACACGUCACCAUCCUGAACGUUUCCGUGACUGAUGGAGUGUAUACGAGCUUUACCAGGGUCAAGAUUACCAUCCUUCCGGCGAAUCUGCACAAUCCGACCUUUGAGCACCUGUUCUACGAUGUCAAGGUGAACGAAAAUCAACUGGCUGGCCGACUCGUGACUACGGUCACUGCCGAGGAUAAAGAUUUCGGUGAGUACGGCAGGGUUUCGUACAGUAUCAUAUCGGACGAUAUGCAGGAGUACUUUUCGAUCGAUAAGGAAAAAGGUGAGAUUGUGACGAAAAAACGGUUGGACCGGGAGGUGAAGAAGCUGUACGAGCUUCCGAUUAUGGCGACGGAUUCCGGUGGCCGGUCCGGUUUUGCGACGGUUCGAGUGAAGGUGGGCGAUGAGAACGAUAACGCGCCCGAGUUUCAGUAUCGGGAGUACAAGACUCUAAUUCCGGGAAAUCUGACCGUUAACACGACUUUCUAUCGGGUCAAAGCCACCGAUAUCGAUGACAAUCAGAAUGCGGUUGUAAAGUACUCCAUCUUCGAUUCCCAGAACAGCGGCAUCAAGGAGCUGUUUGCCAUCGAUGAGAAUACCGGAGGAAUAUACCUGAAGAAAAGUGCCAUGCAGUGGGAGGCUCAGUUGUUCCAAUUCUUCAUCCGAGCCAACGAUGGCGGUACACCUUCACUCUACACCGACGUCCCGAUCGAUAUCUACAUCAUGAGCUCAGCAGACAACCCUCCCGUGUUCGAAAAGAAGGAAAAAUUACUUUUCCUGUCGGAAAAUUCGCUCCCGGGAACAGUUAUUACCCGACUAAAGCUGUCCGGCAAUGUUACUGCCAAGUAUCGCAUCCUAUCGGACGAGCUGGAAGAGCCACAGUUUUCCAUGAACAACGAUGGUGAACUGCGGCUUGCGAAAACUUUGGAUAGAGAAACGCGAGACGUUCAUCUGAUAGCAAUUCUUGCCGAAACGGACUCCAGCCCGCCACUGACUGCAGUCACCGAAGUCAAUCUCCACGUGCAAGAUGAGAACGAUAACACGCCAAUGUUCGAAAGUAAUCCAUACUUGUUCACCCUGGCGGAAAAUAUCGAAAAAGGUAGUUCAAUCAUGAAGCUUACGGCUCGUGACUCGGACAGCGGAUCGAAUGGCGAUAUCCGAUACUCACUGUCAGCUGACGUUGGAGAUGUCGUAAAUAUCUUUGACAUUGACGCUUACACCGGUUGGAUCACAACUCUGGUACCUUUAGAUAAGGAAAAACGAGAAGACUACAAAUUCCAAGUGAUCGCUACCGACAAUGGUCAACCGAAGCACUCGACACGAACUACAGUAAUUAUUAAACUUAAAGACUACAACGAUUGUCCUCCAGUAUUCAAAGAAUCGCACUAUAAGGCUAGUGUCAACGAAGACGCUCUUCCAGGAACUGUGGUACUUCAAAUCUCGACCACGGAUAAAGACGUGGAUCUGAAAUCACCGAUAGAGUAUUACAUUAUAUCGGGGGAUCCGCUAUCACAGUUCCAAAUCAAAAACACCGGAGAAGUAUUUGUUGUGAAGGCUUUGGAUCGAGAAAGCAUUUCGAAGUAUGAACUCGGAGUUAUUGUGACCGAUGGAAAAUACACCUCUACUGCUGAUAUCUCUAUCACGGUUCUUGACGUCAACGAUAACCCUCCUUACUGUUUGAAGUACCGCUAUCGCGAACAACUAAGCGAAGGAAUCCACCCAGGUACUUUCGUUCUGCAAGUUCAAGCCAACGACGUGGACGAACCAGCCAACAGUAGAUUGAGAUUCUAUCUGACGGGUAAUGGUGCGGAGGAUUUCAAUCUGGACAAAGAUUCUGGUCAGCUUAAAACAGCUAGGCAACUGAAUCGAGAGGCUCAAUCGAAAUUCCAUCUGACGGCUCACGUUCAAGACCGCGAUCAUCCCGGUUGGGAGUGCUCAUCACAGAUUGAAAUUCUCAUUACCGAUUUGAACGAUAACCCUCCGGACUUUUCCAUGAACCCCUAUAGCGUUACUCUUCCGGAAGAUGCUGAAGUUGGAACAUUGGUAACUAAAAUCCAUGCCACUGACUCAGAUAUUGGUGUUAACCGGAAAAUCAAGUAUUCAUUCAUCGACUCGUAUCGGGAUCAUUUCCGAAUUGCUACGGACAGUGGAAUCGUCACAUUGGCUAAACCCUUGGAUCGAGAAGUCAAGGCUGUUUACAAUUUGACAGUACGGGCAACGGAUCAAGGGAAACCAUCGCUCUCGAAUUCGGCUUUCCUCAUUGUUAACGUACAAGACAUCAACGACAAUCCCCCGGAAUUCACUUCCAAGCACUAUUUCGCUUCGGUGCCCGAAAUCAACUCUAUUGGUUCCGAGAUUCUCAAGGUGCUUGCUACUUCGAAGGACACAGGAAUAAAUGCGGAAAUAUUCUACUCCAUCAUUGGUGGUAAUGAACAUCGCAAAUUUGUGAUCAACAACAAAACAGGGGUGCUCUCCUUAGCUGAUACUUUGGACUACGAACGUGCUAAAGAUUACUUCCUCACUAUUCAAGCAGUUGAUGGAGGAACUCCUCCUCUGAGCAACUUGGCUACCGUGAACAUCUCUGUAACCGAUAGCAACGAUAACCCUCCGCAGUUUACGCAGAACUCCUACACCGCUCGAAUCCGGGAAGAUGCUCAACGUGGGGAUAAGAUCCUACAAGUUCGUGCCAAUGAUAUGGAUUCCGAGGAUAACGGUCGAGUAAGUUAUAAGAUUGUGAGAGGUGAUCGAAUGGGUCAAUUUGUUAUCGAGGAAGACACUGGGUACAUUUCAGUAGCAGGAACGCUCGACCGCGAAUCAACCUCCAACUACGUGCUGGAAGUACAAGCCAGUGACAACGGCUUUCCAACGCUUUCUGCUUACGUGCUGGUCAAUGUAGAGAUCUCCGAUGCUAAUGACAAUCCGCCGAUGUUUACGCUGCAAAACUACACUGCCGUCGUUCAAGAGGACAAACAAAUUGGCUUUACGUUGUUGAAGUUCGAGGUUACCGAUGCCGACGCAGCUCCAAAUGCCGCUCCCUACACAUUUGAUGUACGAUCUGGUAACGAUGGAGGCGCAUUCCGAAUCGAACAGGAUGGAAUACUCAGAACUUCGGCUCGUUUCAACAGCAAGAUUAAGGAUUCCUACCAUCUACAGAUUCGAGUGUUCGAUAAUGGAACUCCUCCGUUGUAUUCUGACACCUGGGUUUCGGUGAAAGUGAUUGAGGAAUCACAGUACCCCCCGGUAAUUACUCCGUUGGAUGUAUCGAUCAAUUCAUUCUUGGACGAGUAUCCGGGUGGCGUUGUUGGAAAAAUACACGCGGCUGACCAAGAUCAAUACGAUACACUGAGCUUUGGACUUGCACCGACGGCUGGUGUUACGUACUCACCAAGUAAUUUGUUCAACAUUUCGCGAAACGAUGGAGUGUUGUAUGCAUACCCACGGUUGGAUGUUGGCGAUUAUAGAGUAAACGUCACGGUCACUGAUGGCAAGUUUUCGUCGUACACUAUUGUGAAGGUAGCCGUUGAACUUAUCACGGAAGAAAUGUUGGCAAACUCCAUAGUAAUAAGAUUCAUGAAGGUGACCCCCGAAUUGUUUAUCCUAAGUCAUCGGAAGGGUUUCAUUAGAUCCGUUCGAAACUCCAUGGGUUGCAAAAUCAAGGACAUUAUCAUAAUCUCGGUUCAAAAAUCAAACGACGACAUUAACUUGAUCCAUCAUCGGUUGAGACGUGAAACGGGUUUGUUGAACGUCACUGAGAGCGUUCCGAGGCAUCGACGAGCAGCUUUGAACGAUCUGGACGUGCUUUUCACUAUUCGGAAGGGGCAGUCUGGUUUCUACUCUGCGUACGACAUUCGCAAGGCCAUCGACGACAACCUGGAAGAGAUUGAAGAUGCAACGAAGCUCCAAAUAGAUGAAGUGGUUAAAUCGAAGUGUUUGCCUAAUUACUGUAUCCAUGGGGAAUGCGAAGACAAACUGGUGCUGGAUCCUAAGGUUGUGAAUCCAAUUUCAACUGAUGUUACUAGUUUCGUAUCGUCAAGACACAUUCAUAAAAUGGAGUGUAGUUGCAAGGAAGGCUACGGAGGAGAUAAAUGCCAACACGCUGUGAAUGAGUGCUCUAAGUCGCCUUGUCCAAAUUAUAAGAAUUGUGUACCGGAUUCAUCAGAUCAAGGUUAUCACUGUACGUGUCCGGAAGGAUUUGCCGGACCAAAGUGCGAUAGAGACAUAAGCAAGUGUAAUGACGAGACCUGUUACACGCCACGCAAUCCGGUUUCGUUUAGCGGCAAGAGCUACGCACAUUACCGUAUUGAGAAGGAGAUAGCGAAGAAAAAUUUGGAGGAUCAGUUAUUGCUGAGCUUGCGAAUACGAACUGUUCAACCGACUGGAAAUCUGAUGUAUUCCGCGGGCAAAAUUGAUUACAACAUUUUUGAAAUUGUUAAUGGAGUCAUCCAGUACCGGUUUGAUUUGGGCUCAGGCGAAGGAAUGGUUAGUGUUACGUCGAUAUUUGUUUCUGAUGGAUUGUGGCACGAAGUAAGGCUGGAAAGAGAAGGCAACAGCGCUCGGGUCAUUGUGGAUAACAAGCACGUAGCUAGCGGCAAUGCUCCAGGAGUGAAUGGCGUAUUGAACCUUCAGUCGGAUGAUAUUUUCUUCGGAGCAGAGGUUAAACAACAUCCGACGGUGCUCGGGUUUGAAGAUAUUCAACGUGGAUAUAUAGGGUGCAUGGAUGAUAUUAGGCUGUCGAAGAUCCCAGUUCCUUUACAUAUGAAUGGUGCUAGUUCGGUGGCAAGUCUUCGUCGAUUUGCAAAUGUUGAAUUCAGCUGUGAUGCGUCGCAAAUAUUGGUACCAUUGGGAGUAUGCGGAACCCAGCCUUGUUGGAAUGGCGGCACUUGUACAGAUAUUGGAGGUGGUAACUUUGAAUGUCUAUGUCAUUCAAGGUUUUCUGGACGGUAUUGUAAAGAGGAUCUGGAUCCGUGUGCUUCCUCUCCCUGUUUGUAUGGAGGCAAAUGUAUAAAGGCUGGCUUCGGAAAUUAUACAUGCGAUUGUCCAGCUCGGAUGUCUGGAAAGCGAUGUGACUAUGGAAGGUUCUGCAUUCCAAAUCCCUGCAGAAACGGAGGUGUUUGUGAAGAAGGUGAUGAUGGACCUCUUUGUAUGUGCCGAGGAUAUACGGGAACGACGUGCGAGAUUGAUAUUGAUGAAUGCGAGAAACAACCGUGUGGAAGUGGAGCGACUUGCAUCAAUGAGGCCGGAAGCUUCCGAUGUGUUUGUCCACCGGAGAUGACUGGAAUAAGCUGUGGUGAUCCCAUGAAUACUUUCCCACUCCGAAUCCCAUUCAACAAUGUAACGCAAAAGGAAUGGAUAAUCAUAUCCUCGGUCGGAGUUGUUGUCCUGUUGAUACUUUGUAUUGUGAUUUGGGGAAUAACUUGCGCUUGUAAGAGACGAAGAAGGAUACAUCGACACGAGAAAAUAAACAACGAUCCUAAAACAGUAUUGAACUCGGUUUCCGAUAACUCGCAGUACAAACGAUCAUCCAAAAUGAGCAACUUAGAAAUAAUCCAGCGAGAAAUGCAACAAAGACCGGUUUCAUACACUCCGAGCAGCAACAACGACCACGCCUAUGCCUGCAAUGCAAUGCUUCAGUAUAACAACCUGGACACGUUAAGGAGCUACGGUUCUGCGGGAGAUGAGCUGGAAAAUGUUCCUCCAGAAUACCGCAAAGCAUCAUGUCGACCAAACCAACAGAUGGUCAACAUCAACAGCGGCAAUACCUCUAGUGAUACAGAAUCAAUGCAUAAGCAGAAAUGGGCCGACCAGAUACAAAUGCAAACAUUCACAGACAACAAGAUCAACAACGACUUGAAACGUAUCAGCCCAAUCUCGUCGCUGGAUUCCCACCGAUCGGCUUCGUUGAAGCAGCAGGCCUCGGGAAUCCUCCCUGGACGGCUACUCAACAUGCCGCCACACUCGCCUACUAUGCUGCAGCCACCUCACAGCUUCGAAGAAUCCCCGGGACUAUCGCACGGAGCCUACCAUUGGGAUUGCUCCGACUGGGUAGGCCGCGGUCAUCAUCCUCUUCCGAACAUCACCGAGGUCCCCGGCAGCGAAGUGCCCGACUCGUCUAGCUUCCACAGCAACGAGAGCAACGAAUCGCACCCGAAGAACAAUCUUUUACCUCCUAUUCUUGGUCCGGUGGAUCCGGCGCGGGACAUCGAAACCCUGAACGAGGACAACGAGUCGGAGCUGAUCGACGAUUCCGAGUGCGACCAGAGCGAGCAGCCGCUGUCGUUGGGCUUCGAACAGAACACCUCCAUUCCAUGUCUGAAUCCUCUCGAUAGCGGUAGCGAGGAUUACAGAUUCAAUACAGUGCCUUUAAAAAUAAACACACCUGAUAGUUAUCUACGACACCCGAAUAGCUACUUGCCCAAGUACAAUAUCCAUAGUGAAACGGAGGGCGAAAGUGCCCCACUGACGGGCGGCAUCGGCGGAUGUGGUGGAGUCGCCGCCGGCAGCCGGAAACCCCUGAACGGUCUGGAAAUUGGUCCUCACCAGCUGGUCGAAUCGGACGACGAGGACAUCACACCGUACGGGUUUCCCCAGAAGCGGCGCAACCGACGCGAACCUAGUGAUAUCGAUUUAGUACUGCACAGUGGUGGAGAGGGAAGUUCGCUUCUCAGCCACUCGCGCAAUAUGAAUAGUUCCAAUCAUUCGAAUAGCGACCUUUCGACUCAUCUGUGCGAGAUAGAUGAUUCGGAAUUUGAGCAGGAAUCGCUGAACCACUCACAUCAUCAUCUGCACCCACCGGUGCUGUCCCAUCAUCCGCAGCAUCAGUCGGCGUCGUCGCUUUCUUCCGGUGGCCAAUCAUCGCAAUCGCGGCCUCCGAAACAGAACAAGGUCAAGUGGGCCAACACGGUGCAGCACACAGAGGUCUGACAGCAGCUCUGCAGGAGCAACGAACACCGACAUCUAGUGCUAGGAACGAAGACUAACAACCCGAGUAGUGUUAGAACAUCACUUUCGACGCUGUUCUCUAGGUUAAAUUAUUCUAUUUAUUUGACGCCAUCUAUUGUGUAAUAGCUACAACAUCCAUAUCAUAUAUAGGCAAAUUUGUCGGCAUACGUUGUGUUUUCUAAAUCAGUGCGCAAAAUUUCAUCCACAAAGUGCUAAAAUUUUAGUUAAAUUUGCAAUGUCUUAAGCCUACAAACGAACGUAACUUGAAAAUCAAAACUAACUUGGUGAUCUCCGGCUAGCUGUAGCAAAUCGCCUCGAAUUUAAUCAGUAGGAUAAUUUAUUCGUUAACUGUCGUGCUUUUAUUUAAUUUUUUGGUAACAACUAUUCUAAAACGCUUGGUUUUCGAAACUCGUCGUCCAGUGCUGGUCCAUAUACAACUCAAACAAACACAUAAACAUAUGCAAUGUCGCGAAACACAAAUUCGAAAACCGUAAAUAUUCGUUAUCUCAUAAGUAGAAUAAAAAAUUUCCCACAAAUCGUGAAAACGCAAAAUUGUAAAAAGAAGUUGGCACCGCAGUAGCGAAAUAGUUAAUGUUAAGUCGAUUUUUCCGGAGAAAUCGUGUAAAAUAUACAAUCACUUUAUAGUGGCGUAUCGGAAGGAACAAUUCUAUCGGCAAAUAAAAUAUCGAUAUGAAAUUUUCCAGUUACGCUACUGUACUGAACCACAUCCAUAGCUAAGAAACAAAAAUUUUGAGAUUAUUAAAAACCACUUACCCUCACUUCACAAACUCGAGAAGAACUACACACGUACACAGAAACACCCACACCAACCCACAUAUUAUCAGUGCAAAUCUUCGCGAAUCACAUAAAGUUGUAGAAGUUAGAGGAAAUCUCUGUAAGUCUCUGUAAAAUAGUAUUUGGUAAACAAAUUGCAUCUCUAAGGUUUGCUGAAGAGAUAAUAUAAAAAUAAAAAAGGAAUACCGUAAAAAUCUACGGCAAGGCAAAGCGAUCAGAAACGAAAACAUACAAAAUCACUUGUAGAGGAUCUAAUGUUUUCCGGGACAUUCAAAAUAUCUCUAGUAAUUAAGAGUCUUUUUUUAUUACGCAGGAACAUUGUUCGGAACAUGAAUGCAAACAAUCAAUGACUGAUACAAAAACAAACAAAAAAUACACACACUGAAAAAACUAACGUUUAUGAGAUAUGACACAUAUUUUAUAUUGGAAUCGGUAAAAGAUAUCAAUGAGAGAAGAGGAAAAAAAAUCCGAGAUUUCAGUUACUAUUUACGACGUUAAUCAAUAGCUUAGUUUUCCACUACAAGCAACUGACAGAGAGAUGAGAAAAGUGUAUGUUAGGCAAAAAUACCUUCAUGUUUACCAGUAUUCUUUUUAUAUUUAUACAAAACGUUUCUCAAUAUUAAUAACAAAUUAACCGAGGGACUAGAUUGCCCUGAUAACUGACAAAUGUUUAAUUCUUGACAACCCAUUAUUGGUUAGGAUGCAGUUUCAACUUAAUUAUAUUCCAUGUUAAAACUAUGAAUUGAAAUAGCAGCUGUUUUUAAGACAAAAACAUCCUUAAGGUACCUACUUUGUAAAACUAUAUGGUGCUCCAACUGAAACAAAAUUGAAAACUUGAACAGCAAAUUCUUUAGUUACUACAACUUAAACAAAAAAUUCUAACAACAGAAACCUGCUUAGUCCAGAAAGAUUUAAUUUGGCAACCUUCAACUUCUUUUCUACUCAUUUGUUUGUGCAACUUAGGUGCAGCUAAAACUAACACCGACAAUGUAGACUUACUUUACGUUUAGAAUUUACGUUAAUCUGUAACUUUUUGUGCAAAUUAUCGAACAACAAAACAGCAUCUAGAUUAUAAGAAAAUCUUUUUUUUUUUCUAAUAAGUAACCUUGCUUUUCGAAUUUACGCUAGGAAAGACAUCCAUUUUCUGCAACUAUAAUCAAGGUAAAAAUAAAGAACCCAUGCAUUUCUAGGUUUUUUCUACGUUACUAAGUUACAGCAAUACAAUAUGGAAAAAAUCAUGUCUGAACUAUUGUGUUAGGAAGAAAUUUUUACAGUGUAUUCGUUUAGGCAAACAUAUGGUAGGUAUUUGUGGAACAUUAUUUGAAUCAUUGAAAGAAAAAUCAAGGAAAAUUCGAGAGAAAUAAAGAGAAAAAAUAAUUUUGUAAA